GGCAGGCAGCAGCAAUGAGCUCGAUGCUACGUUCGAGUCGCUGAUUAGUAACGAGGAAGUGGCUACACCGAUGCCCAUCGGGGUCACUCCGGUACUAUGCUCGACGCCCAUCCCCCCUAACCCACAGCUACCGCAGCAUGAGCCCGUGAACAAACAGUUUCAGGCCUGCUUCGACGACAUCUUCAAAUGUGUAAUCUGCUUGGGUAAACUGAACGAUCCGAAUCUGUGCCCGCAAUGCUCGAAGAUGUACUGCCGGGGCUGCAUCCUCGAGUGGUUCAUGCUAGGCGAUCAAUCGUGCCCGAAUUGCAAGUUCGCCUUGACGGUUGAGCAGCUGGUAAAGCUGCGUUGGAUUGAGGAAAUCGAGAAGCUGGAACAAGACCUGCGAACCAAUUACUCGGAGAAGGAAACGCUUAAGGGAUACCUGAGUGAAGAUUCCUAUGUGGAGGAGUGCUGCAAGGAGCAUCACCUACCGCUGAAGUUCUUCUGCGUCGACUGCCACGAGAGCAUCUGCGAGACCUGUGUCACGAUUGCCGGCGAGGGAGCGCAUGGAGCACACACGUUCAAAGCGGUUACGGUUGUGUACGAUCAGGUGCUGAAGGAGAUAGCGACCGAGCUCGGGAAGGUGGAAAACUACCGGGAGCAAUUGGAGACGGUUUCGGAAAGAAUUGCACAAAAUAUGUCCCUGUUCGAUGUUUUGCUGAGUGAGAAGCGCCGCGAGCUGGAGGAGGUCGUUCAGCGCGCGACGAACAACCUGAUCCACCAGCACGCCAUACAGAUACAGAAGCUAAAGGAGCAACAGAAGAAAGUUACUGAAGCGAUCGAGAUCCUGGAUAUGAAGCUGGAUGGCGUGGAGCACGAUUUGGACCAACGCAUGAAACCGCAGAUGAUCAGAAUGCAUCCGUCGAUUAUGCAAUACUGCCGCGAGAUGAUGGAGCCACCGUUACCGGACUUUAAUCGUAUCCGGCUUCCGGUUAGCUUGAAGAUCUGUAUGCCUGUGAUCCGCGAGACGGGCGUGUUUGUGGUGGAACGUUUUUCUACCUUUCAGAAUAACAAGGUUGUCUACUCGAAGGACUUUAGCGAUACCCAGGGACGCAUCUGGCACGUCUUGGUUUGGUGUAUGGUUACCAAAGAUCAGUUUGGAAUUUAUCUGGAGCUGGUGAGUGGAACGCCCUGCUGGACGGAGUGUACCUUUAAACUUCUGCACAGGAAUCCCGAGAAGACGAUCAGCAGAACAAUACGCAAGUGCUUUAAUCCGCUGGAAGGCUGGGGUUUGCGAAACUUUACAAAGAUCAAGUCGCUUAAGGAGAACGGUUAUAUGCACGACGAUGAGCUCGAAAUACUCUACAGCAUCCGUCCCUGUGCGCCCGUGCCAACCGAGAGUGAUGAUUCUGCUUCUGAUGAUGAUAUGAGCGCUGCUUGACCGCAAUGCGAAUCCACGAUCGAGCAGCAGUUUGUGUUUGUGCUUGAGUUUAUUGUUGAAUGCGGCGAAUCAAAUGUCUUUGAGCAGACGAAAGAAGAAUGGUAACUUGUUUUUAUUAAU